AUGGAGGGGCAUCCGUACGUUGGUCGCCUUUUUGACUUUGAAUUUGAGAUAAUGGUCGAUAUGUCUAGCGAUCGUGUCAAGCCACGAGACAUCUUGGCAUCGUUGAAGAAACGAGAUGCAAAAAAUGCCUCCACUAUUAAAACAAUAUACAAUGCACGACAGAAAUUCCGAACUUCUGAAAAAGCCGGUAAAUCCCACAUUCAGUCUCUAAUGUCAUUCCUACAUGAGCACAUGUACCUUUUCUAUUAUCGAACUAAUGAUAUAACCAACGAGCUCCAGGAUUUAUUCUUUGCUCAUCCAGACUCGUUAGAAAUACUACGUGCAUUCCCACAUGUUUUAUUAAUGGACGCAACAUACAAGACGAAUAGGUUCAGGAUGCCUCUUCUUGAGAUUGUUGGGGUGACUCCAACAAAUAUGACAUAUUGCAUAGCAUUCGUGCUCUUGAAUUCUGAGAAGGAGUACAAUUAUACAUGGGCUUUAAGGUGUUUGUAG